ACGUCGUCACCACAAAGUAGAAAAUAUUAAAUGUCUAAUAACGUUCAAUUGCUUCCAAGUCACUCAAAGAACACUACAAACGUCAAUAACCUACACUCAGAGUACAACGUACCAGAUAGUCUCAGAAAUGGUUUAGAAUGGUCACAAGUACAUCAAGCACCUCAGCAUCCUCUUCAACAGCGUCUAGAUGGUUGGUUUGAUCAUCAACAGCUCAUGAAACUCAAAUUGGAGAGAAAUACAUACGGUUUAGGUACACCAAUGCGUAAAAUGAUGGAGAGAAAGUUAGCUUCUAGUGAUGUUUCAAUGCCGGCUAUAGAGGAUCCACGUAACAUUCAAAAGGAGGUCUUAGAUGGCGUCGAUGAUCAGAUCACGUUUGCUGACGUACACAGAGUAAUGGAGAAACCUUCUGCUCCUACUCUAGACAUCCACCACCAGAUGGAACGUAAGAUCAAGUUGUAAAGAAGAUAAUGUAAACUAUUUUAUACUUUUAACGAUAUAUUCUACACCUUUCCUUAAAUUCUCAUUAGUGACACGUUCAUCCGUCAUAUUAACCAGUGGAUUCCUAACAACCGCACUGUUGUAUGGUCCAGCGUAGAUUAACUCGAGGUAUUUCGUCAGAUUUGGACUAUCUCUGUCAGUUAUUAAGAUGAACUUUAGAUU